AUGACAUCCAGUAUCCCAAAAUAUCCUAAUUUGCUGUCUAGAUCUAAUUUUAAGAUUGAUUCUCCUUUGAUAAAACCAGGGCAAUUAAAGAUAAUUAUCAAUUGGAUCAGAAAUGAAAAAAACAUCAAUUCAACACCACCUAAAAAUAAAUACACAUUUACUCUUUUAUAUAAGGCAUCACGUGAUGGUUUUCAAAAUAAUACAUUUAAUAAUAAAUGUAUAAAUCAAGGCUCUUGUCUUGUAGUUACAAAAUGUAAUGAAAUAAACAAGAUUAUUGGUGGAUACACUUCAGUUGGAUUUAUUAAUCAUUAUGGCUAUUAUGCUGAUUCUCAGAGUUUUUUAUUUUCUUUUAAUUUUAAUGAAAUCAAAAAGCCAAUCAUUUGUCGUAUACAAAACCACAGUCAUGCUUUUUAUGUUAAUAAUAAUAUUAGUAAUUAUAUUAAUAAUAUUUCUAAUACAGAGGGUUUUAAUUUUGGUGGUGGUGCUUUAAGUAUGAAUCAUAAUCAUAUUAUUUGUAGCAGUGGCAAUCGUAACUACAACCAGCUCAGUUUACUUAAUAACAAUACAAAUAGUUUUGAUUCAAAUGAAAUUGAGGCAUUCAAAUUUUAA